GCCGUCUCGACUCAGUCACUCGUUGUCGACACACACUCGUUUAAACGCCUGCGUUUGGGUUACCAGAUCUCCGUAUUUUUGCGGUGUCUUAUCCUGAAAUAGCCAAUUCACCAUAAAAGUCAACCCAUAAUAAUGCAUCUCUCGUCGAUCCUUGGUCUCGUUUGCCUCGCCCUCCCUUUCGCCGCAGGUGCACAUAAUCCUCAUUGGGGACGUCGUCACCACCACGAAGUCGCCCGCCGUGCUCCUGGAGAAGUUGACCAUUACAAGCGUGAUGCCUUCAGCAAUGUCCGUUUCACCUUCUACGAUGUUGGCCUGUAUGUUCGCGGUGCUUGCGGGCAAGUGAACAUACCCACCGACUUUAUCGUCGCUAUCAACAGGUUCCAAUACGGCUCUGGCUACCCUGGCCCGCUCUGCUUCAAGAGCAUCACUAUUGAGUAUGGUGGCAAGCAGGCUCAGGCUACCAUCAUGGACGAGUGCAUGGGCUGUCCUUACGGUGCUCUCGACUUCUCCGUCGGUCUCUUCAGCUUCUUCGCCGACCAAUCGCUCGGUGAGGUCUACGGCACGUGGUGGUUCAACGACGGCUCUGGUGGAGGCGGAGCUCCGGCCCCCACGACGUCCUCCACCCCGGCUUGGACGCCCCCUCCCUCGACGUCUUCGCCCGCCUGGACCCCGCCACCCUCGUCGACCUGGACUCCUCCCCCCAGCUCUACCUGGACCCCUCCCCCGAGCACAUCCUCGAGUUCCACCUGGACCCCGCCCCCUAGCUCCACCUCGUCAUCGUCAUCGUCAUCUUCUGCCUCUUCGUCCUCAUCUGCAUCAUCACCAUCAGUCAACUACAGCACCGGUGCUGCAAGCGGCCUCGCGGAGCCCACUGGCACCGCGCCUGUGGAUGCGCCGUCGGCAAGCAACCCGGAGAACCUCCUCACCCUGAACGAGGCCAUCAUCGGCAUCGGCGCGCUCGCCGUUGCCGGCAGCAAUGCGAACUAAAUCUAGAUCAGCAAGUGCGCCGCACGCGCCGCUUGCGUCUAGCUCGAACUCGAGCUUGCUCUGAGGCUCGUUUCAUGAAGUUUUUGUUUUGGGAUCUUGGCAAACUCGUGAUAAUAAGGGACUGAUGUUACCAAAUUGGCUUCCUCUUCUCCUCCUUGACCUUUCCCCCUUCCUCCCGUGCUACGUACUUAUUUUAUCCAGCCUUUUCGACGCGUUUAUACCUCGGGUUUGAGUGCGAGAUGCACUCAUGCUCGAUGCUUACGUAUACCCGGUUCAUACCCUCACUUAUUUAGUCGCCCAGUGUUUGAAGGCGAACUUGUGUUUGUUGUGUGUAUUGACGUUUACGAGCUUGCUUGUGUUGGUUUCUUUACUACCGAGUCGAUAGUUCGUUAUAGAUCCUUGUAUCAAUGACAGCAAUCGG